AUGUGCGCGUCGGCGACGGGCGUGGUGCGUGUGCAGUCGCGGAAGAAGGCGGAGAUGUAUCUGGUGCGUACGGACGGCAUCAGCUGCACUCGCGAGAAGGUCACCGCCUCCACCCUCGCCUUCUCCCACCCCUCCACGCAGCAGCAGAUGCUCAUGUGGCGCACGCGGCCCCGCACGGUGCUGCUGCUGAAGAAGCUCGGGACGGAGCUCAUGAGUGAAGCCAUGGAGGUGGCGCGGUUCCUGCAGCGCGAGGAGGGCAUGAACGUGAUGGUGGAGCCGGAGCUGCACGACACGCUCUCCCGCAUGCCCGGCUUCGGCUUCCUGCAGACCUUCUACGCCCAGGACACCAGCAAGCUGCACGAGAAGGUGGACUUUGUGGUGUGUCUGGGGGGCGACGGGGUCAUCCUGCAUGCGUCCAACAUCUUCAGCUCCUCCGUGCCGCCCAUCGUCUCCUUCAACCUCGGCUCCCUUGGCUUUCUAACAGCACACCCGUACGAGCAGUACAAGCAGGACCUCAAGGCGGUGAUUCACGGGCAGGAGCAGACGGCGGGCGUGUACAUAACGCUGCGCAUGCGCCUCAAGUGCGAGGUGGUGAAGGGCGGGCAGGCGGUGCCGGGAAAGGUGUUUGACGUGCUCAACGAGGUCGUCGUGGACCGCGGCUCCAACCCCUAUCUCUGCAAGAUUGAAUGCUACGAGCGCAGCAAGCUCAUCACCAAGGUGCAAGCGGAUGGGGUGAUAGUGGCAACCCCCACGGGCAGCACUGCAUACUCCACUGCUGCUGGUGGCUCAAUGGUGCAUCCCAACGUUCCAUGCAUGCUCUUCACGCCCAUCUGCCCACACUCCCUCUCCUUUCGCCCCAUCAUUCUGCCCGACUCCGCCCUCCUUGAACUUCGAGUGCCUGCUGAUGCACGCAGCAACUGCUGGGUGUCGUUUGACGGGAAGAAGCGGCAGCAGCUGUCACGGGGAGACUCGGUGCGCAUUUCCAUGAGCGCACACCCCGUGCCCACUGUCAACAAGCGUGACCAAACCGACGACUGGUUUGCCAGCCUCGUCAGGUGCCUCAACUGGAACGAGCGCAUGGAGCAGAAGGGAUUCAAUACUGUAUUUUAG